AUGGCUCUCUGCAGGCUAAUUCUGGCAGCUGCUAUGCUCAGCUCGACCUACGGAGCUGCAACCAGCAAUAUUACUCGGGUCCUCGACCUACCUUCUCGUUACCACAAUAGGACUAUCAGCGUUGAGCAUCUCUCGGUGGUGGGAAACCUCGACGGUUACAAGAUGAUCACCCCGGCCGCCGAAAAGUCUACCGACUUUUGGUACUUUGAUGUUGUUUCAAAGUUCUCUAACCAGACUUUGAAUAUUGUCUUCUUCAACUCAGGAAAUUUUUCGCAGUACCCGCAUCCUCUCGCUGUCCAGGUUUCGGGGGUGUACCCCAAUGGUACAGACUUCUACUUCGAAGCUAUGGCCGAUGCUGGGGUUCAUCUCACCAACGGGUCCCGAGGUAUUGCUGGAGACUGGAGAGGCAUUGGGAGCCUUAGUGGAACCUCGGUGGACAAGCCUGAUGUUGAAUACACGAUCAACGUCGACUCCAAGGGCAUGGGUAUAUAUGGCAAGAUCUCCUUCAAAGCCAAUGCUCCCGCCCAUUACCCUUGCGACUUGAAUGGCGCAGUUGGCGUCUGCAAGAAUCUCUUGCCGGGACUGUACUGGGCUAACGCGGUCUCCGAUGCCGAGACCGUUGUCGAUCUCGCCGUCAAGGACACUUUUAUCGCUUUCGAAGACGGUAUUGGUUACCACGAGAAAAACUGGGGCAAUCAGUCCGUCAUUGAUGGUCCUCGUUACUGGGAUUGGGGACACGCUUGCUUUGGUCCUUACUCUAUCGUCUGGUACAACCUUCUCGACUAUGAUGGCAAUGAGAGCAGACGUUCCUAUGUUGCAAAGGAUGGAGAGGUUCUCCUCGUCAGCUGCGACAUGGUAAGCAUGGAGGUUCGACAGAGGGGCGGAAAGGCAGCUUGGCCUCCUAUCACUGCACUGCUUGAGACCGAAGGCCUAUCUGUCAAGUACAACCUCACAAAUGGCGACGUAAUGGAGGUCGAUGUCACUACCCAGUUCAUCGUCAGAGAUGAGAAGGGCGCCUACCAACGCGCUAACGGUCUUGUCAAAGGCAGUAUCAUUGGACAAAAACUUUUCGAGGGUCGCGGUCAUUACGAAGAGUUCAUCUUUGGCAUCGUUAAUGACUACACUCCGCAGGUAAAAUACCAGCACGAUGGCGUGUGA